AUGGUCAACUCCUAUUGUGGCUCCGUCUGCUCUGACCAGGGCUGUGGCCAGGAGACCUGCUGCCAACCCAGCUGCUGCCAGACCACCUGCUGCAGGACCACCUGCUGCCGCCCCAGCUGCUGUAGGCCCCAGUGCUGCCAGUCUGUGUGCUGCCAGCCCACCUGCUGCCGCCCCACCUGCUACCAGACCACCUGCUACAGGACCACCUGCUGCCGCCCCAGCUGCUGCAUCUCCAGCUGCUGCAGGCCCCAGUGCUGCCAAUCUGUGUGCUGCCAGCCCACCUGCUGCCACCCCAGCUGCUGCAUCUCCAGUUGCUACCGCCCCACCUGCUGCCGCCCCAGCUGCUGCAUCUCCAGCUGCUGCAGGCCCCAGUGCUGCCAGUCUGUGUGCUGCCAGCCCACCUGCUGCCGCCCCAGCUGCUGCAUUUCUAGUUGCUACAGGCCUUCUUGCUGUAUCUCCAGCUGCUGCCGCCCCACCUGCUGUAGAACAACCUGCUGCCGCCCCAGCUGCGGUGGCAGUUCUUGCUGCUGA